CCGACGCUCAGUUCAGUUUCGACUGCGAUAGCGCGAGCAGUGCAUUCGAAAUUGCGUCGUCGCCCGGCGUAUCUCCUCUCUUUUCCGAACCGACGGCGAUAUUAUCGUCCCUCUCUCUCACUCUCCCCCGACGCAACAUUUAUUUUCAUUCAUUUUCGGUCCAUCAAUACCAGUUCGUUUUCUAUUUCGUUUAAGUAAUUUAAUUUAUUGAGGUUUAAAUAGAGGUUUUUUGUUGAAAAUUCGAACCUGCGAAAGUACUCCGGGAAAAGUGCUACCUUACUUAUAGUGCUGCUGGUGAAAACAACCGGCUCGACGCCACCGUCGUCGUCGUUUCGAAUUUCGUCGCGCCGCGACGUAACUAUAACUGUACUCGUACACCGUGGAUUUCUACUACUACUAAUAGUACUACUAUUAUCAUCGCAAGGAUAGUGGAGUACUCGCCGACCUGCCGUAUAUACACAUGCCGUGAGAGCUGCUUAUAAGGCAUCUUGAAGUGGACGCGCGCGAUGUGAGCGCUGUUCCCGCGAACCGGUGCACCAAGGCGAGACGUAACCAGCAGACGAACGCAAAAAUGACGACCGAUGAGGCCGUAGGGUGAGCAGUGCCCCCAAAAAACGAACCGCCCCCCUUUCGCCCCACUAAGACAUGUAUGGACUCGCACGAUGUGUAUCUGUAAUGUUCGUUGUGAUAAUCGCGUUCCUGAGCUUCUGUUCCGGCUACCGCAUCGAUAACGUACUCGCCAUGACCGACCUAAGGAGACAGCGUCUCCAAACUCCCCCAAACACAAUCAACCCCACUAACACCAUCGAAAACACCUCCGAACAACCACCCUUUCUACUCGACACCCACAAAAUAAGACACUCUCGACACCGACACCUCCACCUCCAACCACCGACCACCGAAGAACAUCUCGUCCAAAUUCCCACAUCGCCACCUCACGUUACUUCACCGCCACCGACGACGUCCCUCUCGAUUUCCACCCCUAAUCCAAUUCAACUCGUUUCGCGCAUCCAAAGAUCCCAUAGAUCGUCGUCAUCGUUUUCGAAACGAAACCAACGAAGAGGAAAAGGAGAUCGACGAAAAAGACGCAACACCAAAUGUCAACUGCAAGACAGCUUCAGGAAGGCCGCGAUGGCGAACACGGUGAUGAGGGCUAAGGUGCAAACGCAGAGUGCCUCCAGGAAGGCCAAUUCAACGUACAACGUUACGUUCAACAUCCUUAAGGUGUACAAGAGUCGCGAGCCCUCGAACCACGAUACGAUUAGGCUUGCGUUCGCUUACGGUGGCAACCCGUCCAAUUGCGAAUCCGACCUCGGCCGGAACGGAUUAGUUCAGGCCAAGCUGCAGCAAUCGCAGGAGUACUAUCUCUUCCUCAAUAGUCACGGAUCUUACAACUAUACAGUUUACGGACUUCCAGUGCCCGUUAGGCAAACACGCGAAGGCAUCGAAGCCAAAAUUGAGAGGGUGUGCAAAAAAGGAUUUGCACAGUUGCUGAAGAAGCCGACGCUAGACAGGACGUACAAGAAGAGAAAGCACAAGAUUACGUGCAAGGCCAAGGGUUUUCCAACACCACUUAUUUAUUGGUAUAAGGAUGACCAACGAUUCCUGCCGCAGAAAAAUCACAAAAUCACCUAUUCACGACGAUCAUCGACUCUCAUUUUUAACGAGACGAAUAAAAACGACUAUGGAAGGUAUCGGUGCCAGACCGAAGGCCUUAAUAACACCAUUGAGAUAAGUGAAGAUACUGUAUUGGAUGAAGGUAAUAUAAGCUUUAAAGGUCUUAUGCCGUGCAACAAGACCGUGAGUGCCAUGUGCAUUAACGGCGACUGCUUCGUGACGGAUAUCUUAGGAGCGUUUUGUGUAUGCAAGAAUAAUUUUCAGGGCCAAAGAUGUAAUGAAAAAACCAGUACGUAUCAGCAAAAUAUAACCUCAUGCAAUCUACCUCAAUACAAUAUAAGUCAUUUUUGCAAAAAUUGAUCACCCUAAAAAAAAAAAUCGAUUUUGAUUCAUUCGAAAAUUAAAAUAAAUUUUGUAAAUAGACUUAUAUACUCGGACUUGAAAGAAAAUUGACCCAAAAGUAAAUCUCGUUAUUGUACAUUUGUAAAAAAAAAAUACGAAAAGUAAACGACAAUAAGAUUGACGAUGAUGAUGAUGAUGCCGAAACGAUAUUGUACACAAGACUGUUUAAUUUUAAUUUUAAUUCACGUUCAAGGUAAACCUCUAAUGCAAUUAAUGGUCGGAAAUCGGUACGAUUUUGUCGAAAGGGACCGAAAAAGAAUUUUGGUAGUCAUAUAAGUACACUUUUUGUAUAAAGUCAUGUAAUUAUAUUUAUUUAUUAAUGCAUCUAUUACUCACAACAAAUUUAAAAUGUAUAAAAAAAAACCUGUACAACUCUAUCGAAAUAAAUCUGAAAUGAAUUGGU